UUGUAGUUUUCUUAUUUUGUUCUUCACUCAGUAAUCUGUAUUAUUUUUUAAGGGACAACUCGUCCACAAGGUGGCGGUGUUGUUCUCUUAAUACACCCAUGGUGCCACUGCCACUGUAGAAGCGGAACCUUUUGUCUAGGAAUGCUGUUUCCGUCGGACAGCAUUAGUUGUCGGUCCAAUGUGAGACUAAAGAAAAUGGCGGUGAAUGUGAUGCUAGUUUCCUCCGUGGACUAUAAUCUGUCUAAAGCGGAGAUUCUGAGAGCAAUUGUCGCGGAUAAACUGACAGCCGCCGCGCAGGAAAUCUUAGCGGUGGUCGAGAGAACUUUGGCCGGAUACGAGGAGGAAACGUCGGGUCUGAGGGAGGAGAACGAGAGGCAGAGGAGGCUGCUGGAGCUCCUCCUGCAGCCUCGGGUCACUCUAUGCAGGACAGAUGAUGCGUGUGAGGAAGAGGAGGAGUCAUCUGGAGGAUGGGAAUGGCCCAAGGAGGAAGAGGAAGAGCAGCAGACAUCCGUUUAUACAACGACAGCUGACACCAUCAGUCCCCUAAAGGAUGUGGAGGAGGAGGGGAGCCCGGACGCCUGCGAGUCCGCCGAGGAAGAGGAUGGUGAAGAGUGUGCUGAGGAGGCGGCACAGAGCACCGGUCUGGAUCAGAAGGCGGCACAGAGCACCGGUCUGGAUCAGAAGGCGGCACAGAGCACCGGUCGUGAUCAGAAGGCGGCACAGAGCGCCGGUCUAGACCAGGAGGCGGCACAGAGCACCGGUCGGGAUCAGAAGGCGGCACAGAGCGCCGGUCUAGACCAGGAGGCGGCACAGAGCACCGGUCGGGAUCAGAAGGCGGCACAGAGCACCGGUCGGGAUCAGAAGGCGGCACAGAGCGCCGGUCUAGACCAGGAGGCGGCACAGAGCACCGGUCGGGAUCAGGAGAAUCCGACGGAGCCGGGGCAACGCGUACCAGACACAAGGCUCAGAGGUCGGCCUCAGAAGAAGAGACUGAGGAAGGCUGUGACCCUCCGCGUCUGUCUGCUGAAGGACUCUCAGACCACGACGCUGCUGAAGGGAGUGUUAAAGUCUCCGAUGAAGCAUCUGCGGGUUCCCCGAGGCCUACAGGAAGAGGACUUCCUGGACCUGCUGAGGUCCACCUUCCCUCAGCUGAUUGGUCCGUUUGAUGCCUUCACCACCGACGCCACCAGGAAGCUGAGGCCGCUGGCGGCCCGGGCGCUGACGCCAGAGGAGAUCAGAAGGUCCAUCAGAUCCACGGGGAAAGGAAGGUCGGCCCUGUACGUCCGAGUGAAGGCAGCGAAGACGUCCCUGACGAGCACGGAGCAACUUCCUCUCCCUCAGCAGAGAGAACAGGAAGCCGCCGGGGACGCAGGAAGUGAUGUCAACAGGGGAGAUUACGGCAGUUCCGACAGCAGUCCUGUAGGGAGAGUGGAGAGCGACGAAGCGGCCGGUCCGUCCCGCAGGACGAGGCGGCAAAAACAGACGGAUACUGAGGAACAACGGCCAGGACCCGGGACAUCAGAAGAAGACGACUCUGCUGCCCUUUCUUCUGCCGCUGACAGUGAACGGGACGACGGAGAUGAUGAUGAUGAUGGCGAGUGGAAACCAGGAGGAGGUGAUGACGAGGAGGAGCCAAAGGAGAGCGAAGCUGUCGAGAGGAGAGGGAGGCCGACGGCGCUCAGAGUCAAAAAGAAGAAGAGGGAACCGACACGCGGCGGCGCUCCCGUGUCGUGCAAAGUGUGCCACGCUCUGCGCGGGUCGACCAGCAUGCUGAUUAAACACGCCGUGAGUCACGUGGGCGAGCCCGAGAGGCUCUGCGGCGUGUGCGGACAGCGUUCGGAGUCCACGGAGGAGCUGCGGAGUCACCUGCAAAGUCACCAGGAGACGCACAGCUGCGACGUCUGCGGGAAGGCCUUCCUCUCCGCCAUCACCCUCCGCCGGCACGCCGGUCUGCACACGGGCGAGCGGCCGCACAAAUGCGACAUCUGCGGCAAAGCGUACACGCUCAAAUCCAGCCUGCGCGCGCACCGGUUCCAACACAUGGAGGAGAAACCCCACAAGUGCGACGUCUGCGGCCAGUCGUUCGGUUCCAAGUCCCUGCUGAGGUUCCACGGCGCCAAGCACACGGGGGAGAAGCCGUUCCGCUGCGACGUGUGCGGCCAAUCCGUGAGCCACUUCCGAGCGCUGUCGCUGCACAAGAUGGCUCACGCCGGGGAUCGGCGCUACAGUUGUCCCGAUUGCGGGAGGCGCUUUUUGACUCCCGCGAAAAUGAGAGACCACGCGAAGAUCCACACGGAGCGAGCCCGGAGCCACCUCUGCGACGUCUGCUGCAAAGCGUUCCACACGGGAGCCGAGCUGCGCGUCCACAUGAAGACGCACGGCGAGGAGAAGACGGUGUGCGGCGAAUGCGGCAAGGGGUUGUCUUCCCUGGGCGCCCUGACGAGACACAUGCGGAUCCACACGGGGGAGAGACCGUACAAGUGCUCCGAGUGCGGGCGGACCUUCAAGUCCAUGUCCACCCUCAGGGGUCACGAGAAAACGCACUCGGGCGUCAAGCCGUUUGUCUGCGCCGUUUGCGGCAAAGCGUGCGCUCGCAAAGAGUACCUGAACGUCCACAUGAGGACGCACAACGGGGAGAGACCGUACAAGUGCACGCUCUGCGACCGGGCCUUCACGCAGAGCCACUGUCUGAAAACGCACAUGAUGAAGAGCCACCAGGGCGAGGCGGAGAGAGCCGUGGAUGCGCUCGAGUCCUGAAGCCGUCUGAUUCUUUUUUCUGUUCAGGAAUUACAGUUUUUCAACCUGGA